AUGCGCAGGUUCCUUGACCCACGUGUCCAUGAAAAUCAAACUUCCUCAAGCCAGUCGUCCUCUCCACCUGAGAUUUAUCACCAGCCUCAGGUUCAAACCUAUGAUAAUCCAUACCCGUACGCUGCCCCUUCCGAUGUUCCUAUUCACCAGUCUGCACCUCCCGAUGCCAACAGAGAUUAUAUGGAAACGCCCCCGAGGACUGGCCCAGAUCAUUACCAGCCGUUGGCGUAUACAGCUCCUUACGGCGUCGUUACUCAUGCUACUGAGCACGAUGCUAAUUACUGGCGUAACAUGUUCAUGGAACUCGGUUUUGGUGCAAACGGUGAUCAGCCUGUUUCGUUCCAUGACGGCUUUCGUGUUCCUCCUCACGGCCAUGGAAAUCCAGGUCCUCCUUCCUAUCAUCUCAAUCAAGCUGUGUAUGGCCAGUAA